CAUUCGCUUUGGUUGGGUGCGCUUGCUCUUGCUUGCUACUACUACUCAGAAUAAUUUUCAUUUUUUUUAAAUUCAACUAAAACAUUUUUUCAAAAAUCCACUUGUAUGGUUUAGCGAAAUAGUGAUAAGUGAUUUCCUUCGGAGGAUGGUGAUCAGGGCAGCUGUAUUCCGAAUAUGGCUGAAGAAAGACUUGUGGUCCUGAAUCGUAGUGACAAUUUGGGAUUUGGAUUCUCCUUGCUUGGCGAAGCCGGUUUGCCACAUAUAAUAUACCAAAUUGAAGAAAAUUCUCCAGCUGCUAGAAGCGGCGAGGUGGAAGCGGGAGACGUAUUGCUCAAGGUCAAUGGGACUGAUGUAAACCGGUUCACUACCCGAGAAGUUUUAAAAUGCUUACGACUCUCGGAGGAUCCCGUCACUCUAAGACUGAGAAAGGACCCUCAGAUCAAAGCGAGUGUGAGGCGGUACCUAUCUGCGGCAGCGGAGCGCCGCUCUAGCGGUCCACGGAUCAACCACGAUAAUCCGAGUUCACCGUUGUCGAGCAACUCUACUAGCAACUCGUCCAGCAACUCGUCGAGCAACGGGUCGGGUCCACAAUCGGGCGACAGUUGCGAGGCGCUUCUGGAGGGCGUGCGGCGUUCCCAGCCCAAGUUUGAGGCGUACAUGAUGACCGGCGACCUCAUCCUCAAUCUGUCGCGCGUCGAACAUCCACAUCAUAACCUCCGUGCGCCCGCGCACCGGACACACUAUCAUAGAUACAACUCGACGCCUGCGUCGCCAAGCGAGUCGCGGCAGUGCGGGCGCGCGGAUCUCACGCAGCGACACAACUCCUCUCCCGACACGGGCCUAGGGGACCAUGCCACUAAAAUGUUCAUAUCGCAGCCAGCGUCGCCCGCGGGCGGGGCGGUGAGUGCGGGCGCGGGCGGUGAGCUGGCGGCGCGGCCCGCGCACGCGGUACGCACAUCGCGCUCUGAGGACCAUCUACAAAAGGAGUCCUCGUUGAGCGCAGUGGGAGUGGAGUUAGAAGAGGAUGUGACUGCAUCUCUCAACACUUUGCUCGACGCUCGCCCCGACUCGGCCACGCCCGCGCCCCGCUCGGAAUCCGAGCGAGACAGAAUCGUGUGGACAUACAACGCGCCCGUCUCGUGCGCGUCGGAGCGGACGCAGUGCAACGGCUCGGCGACCACUUCCAAUUCCACAUCCAUAUCUGACGGCAUGUCGCAACGGUCAUCAUCACCAGCGUCGCCGACGUCGGCGUCAUCUUCAGUGCUGUCCCCGCGAGCGGCCACCCAUCUCCAUCACCGCCCGCUAAACGGCGAUAUGAGCUUAUCGGAAGCAGUUUCCAACAUCUCCAGUCCCGACUACCAGGAUCAGAACGACAUGUUCGAAGCUGGCCGCGAAUGCCCCCGCAUGGAACUCUCCGACCCUUCGGACUCCGAUUCUACGAUCUUAGUAUCGGAGCCGUGUCACAAACGAGCCAAGUCCAAUUCCUCGUACAACGGCAGCGAUCUCACGCUCAACGGCGACCACGGCGACUACCGGAUAGUUAUACAGGUGAAGGGCCCCGACAAACAGAACGCGAACGAAACGGUAAACCAUAACAAUAACAACAACAACAAUAGUGCGUACGCACACAACGCCAAGGAGAACGGACACACCUCGCCCGAAAACCAGCCGUAUCAGCUCAGUAGCGGUUCGGACGGUGGUUCGGACGAGGGCUCGGAUGGGGAUUCGUUGCACUCGUUCCACUAUAGCCCUAAGGCCGUGGACAUACCAUCGGCCGAGAGGCUGGCCAAGCGGCUGUACCACCUCGACGGGUUCAAGAAGUCUGACGUCUCCAGGCAUCUCAGCAAGAACAACGAAUUCUCUCGAGCAGUGGCGGAGGAAUACGUGAAACACUUCGACUUCAGCAGCGCGACGCUCGACGUGGCCCUUAGAACGUUCCUCGCGAGAUUUGCUUUAAGCGGCGAGACGCAAGAAAGGGAAAGAGUAUUGGUACACUUUUCAAGAAGAUACCUCGAGUGCAACCCGGGCUCUUUCAACUCGCAAGAUGCGGUGCACACUUUGACAUGCGCCAUUAUGCUACUGAACACGGACUUGCACGGCGGCGGGAGCGCUUCCUUCAGACGAAUGGCAUGCGCCGAGUUCAUCGACAACCUCGCCGAUCUCAACGACGGCGACAACUUCCCGCGCGACACGCUCAAGUUACUCUACCACGCGAUACGUACACAGCCUCUGCAGUGGGCACUAGACGGCGAAGUACCUCCCACGGUGACGGGCGAGGGAGGCGUUGCGGGGGCGAUAGUGGGGACAGGAGGGGGGGUAGUAGGCGGUAAUCCCUUCCUCGACGUGCCCGACCAGGCGCGCGCCGUCGAGUACAAGAAGGGCUACGUCAUGCGCAAGUGCUGCGUCGAUGCCAACGGGAAGAAGACUCCUUUCGGCCGACGCGGAUGGAAGAUGUUCUACUGUACACUGCGGGACCUAGUGCUGUACCUACACAAAGACGAACAUGGAUUUCGACGCAGUCAGAUGUCAGACAAUCUCCACAACGCUAUUAGAAUACAUCACGCAUUAGUAACGAAAGCAACAGAUUAUACGAAAAAACAGCAUGUGUUCAGAUUGCAGACUGCGGACCAAGCGGAAUAUUUAUUUCAAACAAGUGAUUCUAAGGAGUUGUGCUCGUGGGUGGAGACGAUAAACUUCGUAUGCGCGGCGUACUCGGCGCCGCCUCUGGCCGGGGCUGUGGGCUCGCAGCGCAAGUUCCAACGACCGCUGCUGCCUUGUACACACACUAAACUAUCCAUGCGGGAACAAGUAGCGGAACACGAAGAGAGAGCGGCGAGACUGGAGGAAGAACUGGCGGCGUUACGGCACGCGAGGGACAACACGCCGCACGCGCGCGAUAAGGAACAUUACCUCGUUUAUGAGAUAAAGCGGUACCGCACGUACGCGUACGUGAUGCGCGCGCGGGCGGGCGGCGCGGGCGCGGAGGAGGCGGCGCCCGCCCUGCCCGAGCGGCCGCCCGCCCUGCCCUCCCUGCCCGCCCACCACGCGCCCGCCCCCGCCCCGCCGCCCUGACGCGCCAUGGCGGUGUUCGCCGCCUGCGUGCUGUGACGCGUCACGCGCCAAGCGACGUGCGUGCUACUGAUCAACAAACUGAGCGUGAGCGCCUGCUGCGUGCGUUCUGUGAUACAAUAGUGAUUACUUCGAGUCAGUGCUUCGUGUUUAAUAACGGCUGCUGUGCCCACUCUAUUCGCCCUACCACUGAUAAAAAUUGAGCGCCCGCAAGCAUAGUGAUACAACAGUUAAUAAUCUCGCCAAUUCCGUUGCCCUGACGCGCCAUGGCGGUGUACGCCGCCUGCGUGCCAAGCGACUACUGAUCAACAAACUGAGUGUGAGCGCCUGCUGCGUGCGUGCUGUGAUACAAUAGUGAUUACGAGUGAGUGAUUCGUGUAAAAUAAAGGCUCGCGGCCGCCUGCUGUGCCCACUGUAUUCGCCCUACCACUGAAAAAAAUUGAGCGCCCACAAGCAUAGUGAUACAACAGUCAAUAGUCAGUGCUGGAUUAAAAUACCUUCGCCACUUCCAUCGCCGUGACGAGCCAUGGCGGUGUUCGCCGCCUGCGUGCUGUGACGCGUGCCAAGCGACGUGCAUGCUACUGAUCAACAAACUGAGUGUGAGCGUCUGCUGCGUGCGUGCUGUGAUACAAUAGUGAUUAUUUCGAGUCAGUGCUUCGUGUAAAAUAACGGCUCGUGGCCGCCUCGGUGUGCAGUGCCCACUCUAUUCGUCCUACCACUGAUACAAACUGAACCUUCGCAUGAUGAGUAACAGUAAGACAAGAGUCAAUAGUGCUCUUAUGAAAUGCCCUCGCCGCUCUAACGCGCCUUGUCGGUGUCCGCCGCCUACGUGCUGUGACGCGUGGUCUGCGACUAUUGAUACAAAACUGACCGCCUGCUACGUGCAUGCUAUGGGUCGCGGCCGACUCGGUGUGCUGAGACGCUUACGUGUGCUAUACCCGCUCUCCUAGCUAAUCACUGAUACAAACUAAGCGCCCGUAUACACAGUGAAACAAUAGUGAAUAGACAGUGCUGGAAUGAAUUACCUGACAAGCCAUGGCGAUUUUCGCCGCCCCGAUCAAAGAGCGCUACACACGUACGUACUGUGAUACGGUGACAACAAUAACCAGUGCGCGCAUACUGUGUUCACCCUAAGGCGAGCGCCUGACACUGCUCACGCCACUACUCAUAUACGUACACACUGAAACAAACUUUAUGAUACUGCUGUGGUUAAGGUGAAACAAAAGUGAUUUUAAAUCAAUGCUGCUAUAUGAAGUAACUACCGCAGCCGCCUCGACGCUGCAUAGCAAUCUUCAUUGCCUGCAUGCUGUGAAGCAAGAUGCCUUGCCAUGCUAAUUCCGGAGCCUCACUACUAAUACACAAAUUGAGUGUCUGUGUGCUGUGAUUGUAGAAAACAGAAUAAGAAAAGUGAAUACUCUGAGUCACAUUUCAUAUGAAAAUGCAGCCACAUCAUAGCUGCCAUGCAUGACACGCGAAGUGCUGUGAAACAUCGUCUUCCAAGACGAAGCGACGCUCUGCUUACUGUUCUAGUGAUACAGUGAAAAUGCAAAUUGAUAGUUAUCAGUGCUUCUUUACCCACAUCUCAGGAUGUGUGAUAAGAGAAACCUACAUAUUUCAACAGUCAGUACAGACAGUGAUAAAACUGUACAGAAAACAAUAUUUUUUACCUGCAUGUUAUGAGUGAAGUAUAAAAUGCAGUAAAUUAAAGUUAUCAAACACUAAUUAGUUAACUGUGACCAUUACAUACAAUGAAAUGAAUCUGGAUACUAUAUCAAUGUUACAUCACCUGGAGGAAACUAUUAUUUGUUAGCCUUUGAUUGUGCCUUGAGCAUGCUCUGAAUCAAUGUUUCACCAAGCUAAAGUUCAGUAAGGAAAAUGGGUAUAGGUGCGAUUUUUGCUGAUUUACCUCCAAUAACCGAUCCAACACAAAAUUUGCAGUAGUACUAGAAAUACUGGCGUUUGGCGUAUUGUCCACCAAAAUAAAUUAAGAGCAUGAUAAGGCAAAACUGUUGUCAAGCUGCUUGCAUGACUAAAUGCAGUAAAGAGUGCUUCCUCUACCAUUAGUAGAUACUUGGAUAGCUGAACUAAGACCAGUCCGUCUAUUAUAGGUAACAGUGUAAUCUAUAAUAAAAUACAAUGAGUAGUCUUUGUUAACUCAUGCUGACAGUGAAGAUGUCUAUUAGCUACAAGUGCUGUUAGACAGUAAUACCCAAGAUACAACUUAUACGAGUGACUGUGAGUGUCGUGAGUUUUCAUCAGUCCCCCCCCCCCCCCCCCCCCCCCCCCAAGUGCACCUAUUCUGAGUUUGCAUUGCUAAUAAUGCGAGAUUGUGAUAGUUUCAUUAAGGUGAUUUUACUAAAAAUGACCACAAACCAGAACAGACAUACUAACUGAAAAUCUUACAAUUAUGUAUAAAUUAAGGGUUUAAUAAUGAUGAUGCUACGGCCUAAUGUUGUAAGAGCACCCACACAAGCUUCAUUCGAAGACUGAUUGCAGAUGACAUUCCAAAAUUGAUACUAGGCACUUCCUAGUAAAGGCAAUGCUCUUACAAAUAAAGACAUUAUUUAGUGUAGUUAGUUUAUGAGUUAGAAUAACAUUAAAUAUUGAUUCAUCUAGUCCUGUCUUCCUUGCGAUAUACCUAUUGCUGUUGGAUUUUCACUGUCCACAUUGUGAUUAUAUUGAGUAUUCAAUAUUAUGCUUCGCUUCCGAUGGCUAUCAAUGAUAUUUAAUCAAAAUAUGGUGAUAUGUUUUGACAUAUUGUAAUACUCAAAUCCUUGGUGAAUUAUGAUUAAUACCUAUGUAUUGCUUUGGUAUUUAAAUAAAAUUUUCAGUAUAGGUUUGUUAGCUAUGAUGAAGUGAAAUUAUUUAUUAAAAGUAUUUAAAAUAAAUGUAUAAAUUGCUUCAUUAUAUAAUGAGUAUCAGUCAAACUGAGGAGUUGCUUUAAUAUCUGAUAUAUUUCAGUGAAAUGUUGGUUUGAUAUUGCAACUAAAAAGUAUUAAUCAUUCCAUUAAUCUUUUUGUAUUAAGGCAUACAAACAAAGCGUAGGAAAGUGGGACAGAUGGCUAGAUUUAGCUGUUGAACCAUCACACAUUAAAACACAAUAUUGACUCUUGUAUAUUAUUUGACAACAGCUGAAUUUACAAUAUUUGUAAAUACAUUUUAAAGAGACUGAUAUGUGAAGUUAUUUAUUUUCUUUGUAAAUCAACCAGUGUCAAAUGUUAGGCAUUGAUAGUAAGUCAUUACUCAUCAUGUCUUUAGGAUCUCAUUGUAAUUAAUAGCUGUGUAAUUAAAUGUUUCCUGUCAAAAUCUAUGAAAUAAGUUUUGUCAUGUAUGAGAUAUUAUUAUCACAUUUUGAACAGUUAUUGAUGUUUGAAAUAAAACUUUUUUUGUAAUUACUUUCUAAAAUACACUGGUAUUCUCCUCACAGAAAAGCUGUUAUAAUCUGUAUUACUUUCUUAUAAUAAAAUCCAUCAUGUAAAUAAUAAAACUGAUAUAUUUUUUCAAAUCUUUUUUUCCUCUUUUUUUAUUUAUAUUUACUAAUUUAUUUUUAUAAUUAAUUGCAGGUUCAUCUUUAUUACCUAUUUAAUCAUUAUUUUGACCUCUAUUUAAAAGGAAAUGAAGCUUAUAGGCAAAGUACAGUACAUUUAUUUGUAAAUGCUGUUGUAAACGUUUCUGUAAAGUUAUUGUAUAUUUGUAACCUAACAAAAUUCUUUUAACCAAUAUUAGCAUAGGAGUCUUUACACAUUGCGGCACGGCGGCCGGCGAAACUUCGUUUUCUAGCAUAUAACGUGAUAGCCAGCGUUGCAUAAGGUCCGGUAAUCCGGUAGAGUUACGCGACUGACUACAUAUUACACUGCCACCGCCACGGUAUAGUGUGUCUGAAAUACUGUGAAGGCUCUAAACAGUGACGUAGCAAGGGUCUAGGCCGGCCAGGGUGGAGGUAAACUGUUGUAAAAUUUUGUGGCUCAUUUUUUUCUUUAGCAUUUUCCUCGCCCGUCACAACUGGAAUAUGUUUUAAAACACUAAAAUUUGCUACCUCCAUAAAAGUACCGCUUCCACCACGCUACCUCACUGGCUCUAAAAACAAGUUUUAUUUACUUUAAGUCUGUUGUGUUAUGAUUAUAAUAAAAUGUGUGGCUUUUAUUCUUAAUCUCAUAAGGCCAAAUUGAUUAACAUGAAACUAAAGUUUUACAUCAUUUUUCAAUAUUAAAUUGUUUUAGGUAAAGCCAAUCAAUGUAAAUACAUUAUUUUUAUCUGUUGUUUUCAAUUUAUAUUAUUUACUUAAAUGUAACGCUUGGAGAUAUGUGUUUUCUUAUAACCAUGCCUUAUAAACUUGACUUUAAAACUUCUGUUAUGAUAAUAAAGAAGUACGAAACAGCUUUACUUCUAUGAUUUAUGCAAAUCAGUAGCUUGAUUAAUGUAGAAUGAUUUCAAUAUUAACAUUAUAUUAUGGAUGAUGCAAUAUGCCACAGGAGGGUGUAGACAUAUCGCACCUUUAGAAAUGAAGUGACAUAAAUAAAAAAAAAUGCAAAAUGACUUUUAAACGUGAAACGACAUAAAAACAUGGAUAGUAUCAGUUUAUUAAUAAUAAACAGGCUCUUUUAGGCCAGAAGAAGGCAAACGUACUAUUUCCGCCUCUUUUAAAUGACACGCAUACCGCGCCUCCCUCAGUAUUGAAAUACCCUAUUCAGUGUUGCGUGGACAUUUAUUUCAUUUUCCUUUAAUUUAGAAAACCAUUCAUUAUUAAACUAGCAUAUUACAAAAUUGGUCAUCUGUCAAAUAUAUAACAUCAGAAAUGAAUCGCCUCUAUAUUAAAUAGUUACGUUUUUGUUUUAUGUUGUUUAGUAAAAAAUGGGCACAAAGUGAAAUAAGCCAAUUAUAAUAAACUGUUUUCGGAAAAUAAGUGUCAUGUUUUUUUUUUGAUGAAUAAUUAACUAAGGUUCUAAUUAGUUAUGCAGACUGGUUUAGUAAACAAUCGUGAAAAUAAUUCCUAUCCUACCAUUAACAAUAAAAAAUAUGAUAAUAAACGUAUAACUUAUGGCAUUCUAUUAAAAAAACAAAAAAAUGGCCAACUUGUCAAUCACAUUUUUAGCGUUUACCAAAAAACAAGAAUUUUGGAUUAGGUCACUUCAAUUCUAAAGGUGCGAUAUGCUAUGUAGUCUAUUGUGAACGCUUACCAUCAAGAGUCCUUUUGAAAUAAUAAUUUAUACAUGAGUGCUACAAUAGUAACAAAUGCGUUUGUCUGUUUUGGUUUCACCUAUAAGCCUUAUUAUGUUUUGGAAAGAGAAAUUUAUAGCAUUUAUCUAUCGCCAUUACGAAGUUAGGACAAUGAGGUAUUGAUGGCAAUAAUUUGUUCAAAGUUGUCAAUAGGUACACGUCUUGGCUCAAUAGCUCAUUUGAACUCCUAAGUGUUUUCAAUAUACAAAUGUAACCAAAAGUUAGUUUUUGUUAUUAAUCGCCAUCGGGAUGGUAAAACGCACACUAUCCCCCACUGUAAGUCUGUUGGCAAACAAAUAACAUAGCUACAUAAAGUUCUAGUCCCGUCUGCUGUCUGGUCCGCAUGUAUUUUUUUAUUAGUAACGUUUUCUUUAGAUUUAAACAUAACAGCAGUAAAAUAAUUCAAAAAUAAAAAUAUAACUACAGUUACAUAAUUUAAACAAUCUUACCAGCACAGCUUUAUUGAGACUAUUUCGUAAUAACUGACUACCAGUGAAUCAAGUUUUCACAAACUCAAAUUUUCUCCUUAGGUUGUGAAUUGUAUGUCAAUCAAAUUUAAGCACAAAGUUAUUUGGAUAAAUUUGGUUAUCUUAUAUUUGUGUUACUUUUAUCAUACCUUGUUAAUACAAAGUUGAUAUAAUACACAAAUUCUCCGCUAGACAUGCAAAAUUUAGUUCAAAGCAUUUGAAACUACUUAGAUGUACAAAAAAAAAAAGAUUUUGUUAAGCUCUCAAAAGCUGAAAUUAAUAAAUACAGCAAAACUAUUUUCUACAUUUUAUUUAUAACCUUAGAUCUUACAUAUGAGUUUAUAACAUCGAUAAUGUUAUAUCAAGAGUGUGUACCAAAUUUGUAAUCAGUAUUUUUUUGAAGAGGCCUCUGCAAAGGAUGAGCUAGUAGUUUUGCUAUGCAAUCAUGAAUUUUUGUAGCAUUGCUUGAUACCUCAAAUACAUAUGAAUAACCAUUGUCCAAGUCCUGGAGAGCAUCAUAAAUUUCUUCACAUUUAUAUAGUGCACAAUCUUCUUCAUGUGUAAGUAAUAUAUCAAUAAAGAAGUAUAAUUGUUUCUUAAGAAAAUUAAAAUACACAUCAUCCUGUGGUAUAAGAGGUAAGCAAACUGAACGCCCAUACAGAACAAUCAUACGAACAACAUAUGGAGGGGGCAUUAUGCACUCUCCCUGCCUAAAUUCUGGUAUAUCCACUUUUUCCUUUAAUACUUGAAAUACUUUCUUAAAAUCAUAAUUUUCAGUGGUACUUUCUUCAGCAUUAAGAUAAUCUAUCACAUUUACAAUAUCUUUUAUGUUGUUUGUGAAAUUCUGAACCCAACAUGCUUCAGUGUCUUUUAAUAGCAGUAGUGCAUACUCUGUUUUCUUAUUUAUGGCAUUUUUUGAAUGCAGAAAAAAAUCUAAAAUCCUUUUUAGCAUGUUUAAUGGUGUAAAUGUUGAGCCAUCACCUAAACGAUAUAAAGUGUUGUUAUCAUCAUAACAUAGAUCUAAACAUAUGAUGAUACGCUCCGGUAUGUUUACAUUUGGGAUAUUUGGUUUCUGAAAGUUUGCGAUAACUUCAUCUUGCAAUUUUUUUAUAUCAUCUGAUGGAUUUUCAGCAUUCCUAAAAUAAAUACAAAAUCAGUAUAAAAAUUAAAAAGUACAAAAGAUGAUUACUACACAGUUUACAUGAGGCGAUUUAAGUUUAUCAACUGCUAAAUCACAUGCGAUUUUAACUGUUUGAAUAGAUUUUUAAUCAAAUUGAAAAGCAAUUACAAUAUGUUAAAAGUUGAGCUAAUUUUUAUUCGCAAUAAGUGAACAUAAUGUCUGAUAUUAGCAAAUCUAAAGCAAACUAUUUAACCAUUAAGUACCGGCGUGCCUUUUUUGUAACAUUAGUACCCAAAUGAGGCCUAAGAGGCCGCGUAUAUAAUAUCGAAUAUUAUAAAGAAAGUGAUGAGUUGAAUAUUUGUCCUCCCAUUAUGAAGUAUAAUAAAGGGUUUUAAGAAAAAAUAAGUAUAGAAAAAAAAACUUUGAAUACAUUUUUGAAUAUAUAAUACGAUUCAAAUAAGAAUAGGAAAGCCAAUGACCUCCAUCUGUCAAAUGUCGCUUGAAACGUACGGUUUGCAAAAAAAUCUCGGAACACUUUUUUAGCACUCAGCUGAUUCUAGAAUAAAAACCAAUUAUUCAUAACUUCUCCGGCAGUAAUGCAGAGAUGAGCGAAAUUGAAGAGCUAGAUUCUGAUAAUGUUUUUUUUCGCACAGUCUUAAUAAAGAAAUACUAUUAAAGAUUGGUUGUAUUCUUUCUCAACCUUAGUAAAUUAAUUUUAAUAAAAAAUCUGAUGUUUUGUCUCGCUUAAUCUUAGUAAAUAAGUUUUAUUAAAUAGCAACAUUUUUUUGCUCACUCUACCUAUUUGGUUUGAAUUGACAGCUAUGACGUCAAAAUAUGGCGCCCAGUCGGUCCUAUUUUUAGUUGAAUCGCAUUAUACACUACAAUAAUAUUUGGCUUGAAUUUUGGGGAGAAAUUAGACUAUUCAAUUUAAAAACUUAUGUUUCUCUAGUACUCAAUGUGCAAUAUCACUAUGUUUAGUACCGUGAGUCAGAGAUGACUGCUAUCACCCAGCAAUUAAUAUAGAUGUAUUAUUAUAAGAUCUACACAUAUCACCGGUAAUGGAAAAAAAAAUACCAACUUUCACAGAUGUAAUUAUACUGAAAUAAAUAACUAUUUGACCAAGGUUGACUGGAGUGAGUUAUUAUCUUGUUAUAAAAUAAAACUUGCUUAAAACAAUUUAUCAGCACUUCCGAAAACCUUAUUAAAAAAUCACCUAAAUUGUUCUCGAAAUACAUUAAAAGUAAAAGGGGGGACACUAACACUGGAUUCUAAUUAUCAUGUUAAUAAUGAUUGUUUGUAAGUACCGAAUUAAUUUGGAUAGAGACAAAGUUAUAAGAUUACUAAAGACUGUGGAGAAAAACAAAAGUGCUGGCUGUGAUGGGAUUCCAUCAUUGUUCCUGGCCUCUUGUGCUGAUAGCCUUUACCUUCCAAUUACAAUAUUAUUUAAAAGGUCCCUUCAAGAAUGUAUUUUUUCUGAUAUUUGGAAACAGGCCCAAAUAAUUCCAAUCCAUAAAAAAGGAUUGAAGUCUUUGAUUACAAAUUAUCGUCCUAUCUCUAUCCUCAACACCAUUGUGGCAAUAUUUGAGAAGCUGGUAUACAAAUUUAUUUAUGUAACUAUUGCUAGAUAUAUCUCUCAAACACAACACGGACCGAGUUAGGAAUCCGUAUUGUGUGGAGAAAGCGGUCAACUAACAAGUCAAGUACCUGGGGGCCUCUCAAACGGCAAGUCGGUACUUAAAGGUUAAUAAGGUACGUAUUUAUAAUAAAUAAGUUGAUUGUCUUAAUAGGUAGGGACUGCCUACAUUGGCAUAGCGCAAAAAAGCCCUAUGCUACGUUGUGUGCUGUCGCGGGCGAGGCCGCGCCGCGCAGGGUUGCCAAACGUAUGAGCUAAAAUAUUAGCAGAAGACAGCACCUUAAGGCAAAAAGGACAGCAGUAGGCACGAUGCACUCAAUAACAAGCUGAGCAAAGUAGGCGUAGGAAUGGAAAGGGCAGAAAUUAUUUCAAAUGCAAAUAUGUUACCUGGAAUCAGAUUCAAAUUUUGUUGGUGAUGUUAGUAUGUCUCGUGUAUCCAUUUUCCGCAAUAAGUAUCGGCAACUUGACUUGAUUGUUAAAUGAUUUUUAUUCGGUGCUGCUUUGUUUGCGUUUUCCGUCUUUUACAUUAUUACAAGAAAUAACAAAACCUUAGAAAACAAAGCUAAAUUCAAAAGCAAAUCAUGUCAAAAUCAAAACACAAGAGCUACGUUCUACACUACGCACCAGGUGCAACAAAUGUCAAAUUUGACAUUGGGUUCAUACAUAAAAAGUAUUUCAAAAUUGAAUUUAGUAG